CUCGGCAGGAAGGGCAGAGAGGAGCAAGAAGGCAUCGCAACUGUCCUCCCGGACCCAGGCCCCCAGGCCCUAGAGGUCUUGCUCCCGCCGGGCGAAGUUCCGAGCACAGCCACCAGAUGGCGCCCGGUUCUCUCGGGCAGGGCUUGCAGUAAGGCUGUGCGGCCGCCAGAUGGUGCUCGAGGCCGCAGCUCUGCGGGCAGUGCAGGGGACAAAGCGGAACGAGGAAGGCCCGCGGGUCCGAGCGCAGUCCGGGGAGCCCCCGCGCAAGUGCCUUUGCCACCACCGCCUCCAGCCCGCGCCAUGAUCCAGCCCUUGCCCCGGCUCUCUGUGCCCGCCGCGCUGGCCCUGGGAUCGGCUGCUCUGGGCGCCGCCUUCGCUACGGGCCUUUUCCUGGGGAGACGCGCACAGCGAUUCCGGAGAGAGAAGCGCCUGCUGCCCCCCGAGGACAGCCCCCUGUGGCAGUAUCUGCUGAGCCGCUCCUUGCGGGAGCACCCAGCGCUGCGAAGCCUGCGGCUGCUGACUCUGGAGCAGCCGCAGGGGGAUUCCAUGAUGACCUGUGAGCAGGCCCAGCUUCUGGCCAACCUGGCGCGGCUCAUUAAGGCCAAGAAGGCGCUGGACCUGGGCACUUUCACAGGCUACUCAGCCCUGGCAUUGGCCCUCGCACUGCCCCCGGCCGGGAGCGUGGUGACCUGCGAGGUGAACCCUGGGCCCCCGGAGCUGGGGCGGCCCCUAUGGCGGCAGGCUGAAGAGGAACACAAGAUUCACCUUCGGUUGAAGCCCGCCCUGGAAACCCUGGAUGAGCUCCUGGCCGCGGGCGAAGCUGGCACUUUCGACAUAGCCGUGGUGGACGCCGACAAGGAGAACUGCACCGCCUACUACGAGCGGUGCCUGCGGCUGCUGCGACCGGGAGGCGUCCUCGCUGUGCUCAGUGUCCUGUGGCGGGGAGAAGUGUUGCAACCCCAGCCGAAGGACCUGGAAACCCAGUGCGUGAGAAGCUUGAACGAGCGCAUCCUGCGGGACGCCAGGGUCCACAUCAGCCUUCUGCCCCUGGGCGACGGCCUCACCUUAGCCUUCAAAAUCUAAGACUGGCCCCCAGCGAUGGCCUCAACGGAAGGGACCUGGGAACCCGCUACCGGCCUUGAGUUUUAAACCUGUCAAUAAAGUGGAUCCUAGACACAA